CACACUCUAACGGGCCACUGCGGGAAGGUGAUGGCGGCGAAGUUUCUUGGCGAGCCUUCAAAAGUAGUUACAGGCAGUUACGACCGUACCCUAAAAAUUUGGGACCUGCGUAGCAAAGCGUGCAUAGAAACAAAAUUCGCGGGUUCCAGUUGCAACGAUCUUGUUACUUCCGAUGGAGCCGGCUCAACGAUAAUUAGCGGCCACUUCGAUCAGAGAAUCCGAUUCUGGGACACUAGAGCAGAAUCCAGUUCAAACGAUAUUUUGCUCGAGGGAAAGGUCACGUCGCUGGAUUUAUCUCGUGAUGCAAAUUACCUUUUGAGCUGUGUCAGAGACGACACCCUGAAACUUAUCGACCUACGGAUGAAGAAGAUCAUUGGAUCGUUUAGUGCUGACGGAUUUAAAGUCGGUUUUGAUUGGACACGAGCUACCUUUAGUCCUGAUGGCCAAUACAUUGCAGUCGGUUCUUCGGACGGAUCCGUUUUCAUUUGGUCUGUCGUCACAAAUAUGAUUGAAACAGUGCUGAAAAAUCAUUCGGCCGUGGUGACAGCGGUGUCUUGGCAUCCUCACGGCACCUAUCUCGCAUCGGUGGACAGGGCAAAAACGGUGACGGUCUGGGGUGACCAUGUUUGAUAGGACGAACGAUCCCGAAACAGACGAUUGUUUCGAGCACCAAGGUCAACGCGUUCUUUUGUGCCGUGUUGGACGUUUAUAGAAACUGGAACGAAAAUGGAUAAAAAAAAAUGCAGAGAAAGACGGCCUGAGAGUUCACGCGUCUGCUGUUGUGUCACAAAGGACACUCCGGGCGCAGGAAAAUGAAAAUCAACGGACGGUCAGUCGGGACGCGCAGGUUCGAAAAGUACCCUCCUUUUUUUUGGUGGCCGCUGGAAGCGUGACUGCCGCGACGUACAGAUUCAAACACGGUCGAGACUAUUGUACAUAAAACUACACUGAUAGUUGCCCCCAGGCUGCAAAGAUUUCUUUUUUCAUAGGUCGAUACUCGCGUUCCCAAGUCCGCCCUCUCCUACCCCCUCCUUCGCGAAAU